AGAGCUCGCGCUUGUACGCACGGACGAGCUCGCACCCAAUCAACGUAACCGCGCGCUGAUGGCAUCGUCGUCGCUGCCGGCGUUCACGGUGCGCCGGGCCGGGGAGCCGGUGCUGGUGGUGCCGGCGGAGCCGACGCCGCGGGAGACGAAGCCGCUGUCGGACAUCGACGACGCCGAGGGCAUGCGGUUCUACAGCUCGGGGAUCCACCUGUACCGCGCCGACCAGGCCAGGGCGGGGCAGGACCCCGCCAGGGUCGUCCGGGAGGCGCUGGCCAGGGCGCUCGUCCCGUACUACCCGCUCGCCGGCCGCCUCCGCGAGGAGGAAGGGAGGAAGCUCGUAGUCGACUGCGCUGCGCAGGGCGUCAUGUUCGCCGAGGCCGACGCCGACCUCACCGCCGACGACUUCGGCGACGUCAAGAGCCCGCCGUUCCCGUGCUUCGAGCGGUUCAUCCUCGAGAGCACCACCAUCGCCGGCGUCGAGCCCGUCGUCGACCGGCCCCUGUUGUACGUUCAGGUGACGAGGCUCAAGUGUGGUGGCUUCAUCUUCGGGCGGCGGAUCUGCCACUGCCUGGUGGACGCGCCGGGAGCGAUGCAGUUCGAGAAGGCCGUCUGCGAGUUCGCGCGGGGCGCCGACGCGCCGUCGCUGGCGCCGGCGUGGGGCAGGGAGACGUUCAUGGCGCGGCAGGCCCCGCGGCCGUCGUACCCGCACGUCGAGUACCGCGAGCCGGCGGGCGGGCCGGAUAGGAUGAUGUCGACGCCCCCCGGCGACAUGGCGCGCGUCCCCUUCUUCUUCGGGCCGCGGGAGAUCGCGGGGCUGCGCCAGCGCGCGGCACCGGGCAUCCGCGGGAGCUGCUCCCGGUUCGAGCUCGUCGCCGCCGGCAUCUGGCGCAGCCGCACGGCGGCGCUCGGGUACGCGCCGGACGAGGAGGUGCGCCUGUCCUUCAUCGUGAACGCGCGCGGCCGCGCCGGCAUCCCGCUCCCGGAGGGCUUCUACGGGAACGCGUUCGCCUACUCCGUGGCGGCGACCACCGCCGGCGAGCUCUGCGGGAGGGACCUCGGGUACGCGCUGGAGCUGGUGAAGAAGGCCAAGUCGGCGGUGACGUACGACUACCUGCUGUCGGUGGCGGACCUGAUGGUGCUCACGGGGCGGCCGCUGUUCGUGCUGUCGCGGACGUACAUUGUGUCCGACGUCAGCCACGCCGGGUUCAAGAGCGUCGACUUCGGGUGGGGGGAGGCCGUCUACGGCGGGCCGGCCAAGGGCGGCGAAGGGCCGUUUCCCGGCGUGACCAACUACUUCUCGCGGGCCAAGAACGGCAAGGGGGAGGAGUGCACGGUGGUGCCCGUCUGCCUGCCCAAGGACGCCAUGGAGAAGUUCCAGCUCGAGGUCCAAGGACUCACCGCCGAGCUCUAGCUAUGUUUCGCGCCUUCCGGUGUGUGCAGCCUUCGCACAAGCACAACUAGUUAAUCGCGACACAUGCAGCGUAUGAAUGCAUUGUUCAUCCCGAAAUAUACAAGGCAUGGUGUUGUUCUAAAAGUCAAAGUUUUUAAGGGUACGUGGGUACAUUUGGUAGUACGAAGCAUUUUAGAUGGAUCUGUCUAUUUGUCACCCGAGUGUUUUUGACCCUUAAAACACACGAU